CGUCUGCUCACUCACAGUCUCACAGUCACAAGUCAACAACAUUACCUGACCCAUCACUUAGCAGUUAGCAUAGCAGUUAGCAGUUACUUUCAGUUCAAGUAAGAUUACUUUGCACUCUAAACCUAUUUAUAGCAUUUCCGACACGGCAUCUACUACAGCGCACUUUUUGUCACCAAUAACCGCCUUCUUCAUCUUAUUGAAUAACUGUAUGUUUUUUUAGAAUACUAUUGAGAUGCCUUCUAAAAAUUAUCUUACAGCUGCAGCCAACUUGAAAAUUGAGGGCAUAGCUAAUGAUAUCAACAGCGGUGAUGAAAAAAAGGAAAAAACUGCACUCCGUGCACUUAAGAUUUUAACCAAGAAAUGUUAUUGUGGCAAAAGAGGCAUCCUCAUCAAUGCCAAUUAUUCAAAUGUUAUUCCCAAGCUCGUAGAAUUCCUCAGUAGUGUCGGCAAAGCUGAUCUUCAGAUGGAUUCAGCCGUGAUUCUCACCAACAUUGCGUCAGGCACUGCUGAUCAGGCCAAAGCAGUGGUCAGUGCUGGGGCCGUAGCUGGGAUCAUUUCCAUGGUGUGUUCACUUGAUGGACGUGUGGCUGAUAACGCUGGUUUUCAACUCGCAUGGCUCGCCUCAAGAAGACAAGAGCUACAGGAAGAAAUCAUCAAGCCGUUGCUUAUGUUGAUAAAACCUGACACUCCAGUUACAUUAUUGCAAAGAGUCAUAGACGCUUUGUGCACCUUUUGUUAUAAUUUGGACAAUAGAACAGACAACAGUCCACCCACUUUCAUUCUUCCCGCCCUGGCCCACCUUCUCCACAACAACGACGAGUUGAUCAUCAAAGAAGCUUGCCAUGCUUUUAUUUAUUUUCAAGGCUCCGACGAAGUAAUUCAAGAAGUUGUUGACGCCGGAGUCGUCCCUCGGCUCGUCGCUCUAUUGCAGCACAGAGAAGUUGCCAUCGUCCCCUGUCCGAAACAUUGCCCGAUCUUCUCCAUUUUGAAAACUAUCGGCAGUAUUACUUCAGGCACAUUUGAUCAAGCCAAAGCUGUUGUAAGUGCUGGGGCUGUUACUCCCUUAAUUUCUUUUUUGGGUUCACAUCGAGAUGUUGCCGAGGAAGCUCUAUUUGCUCUCAGUAAUAUUGCUGAUUUUGGACCAGAGCUUAGAAAUUGUGUUAUAGAGCAAGGCAUCAUUAGGCCUUUGCUCUCAUUGAUUAAACUCGACAUCACUCCAGACGUAACAUUAUUGCGCCUCGUCACUCGGGCUUUGUCCAGCUUAUGUUAUAGUCACAAGGAGGAGAGUCCACUCACUGUCCCUGUCAUUCAACAGCUUCUUACCGGCCUGGCCCACCUUAGCCACCACAACAACGACGAUGAAAUUCUCACCGCCGCUUGCAAGGCUCUUUCGAACCUCGGGAUGAACAUCGUUGAGAACAAGAAGGCAGCCGCAAUCGAAUCUGACAUUGCUGCCCUCGAUGCCUUAAGUUCCAAAACGCUGGCUAUUCUGGAGCGGUACUUAUCCACUGAAUUGUCCAAUGGAGAGUCCAAGUUGGCGCCAUCAACAUCGUAGAUAGAGUGGCAAUUACGAAUUCAAAAACCAGCCAUCUCAAGCCCCCUGAAGGUUUCUCAUUCAAAAUAUUUAAUUUAGAACUAAAAUUCUAUUUCUAUUCUAAAAUCAAUUUAUUUUUUUAAUUUAAACCUCAAAUUAGUUUUUAUGCAUGAGAAUUUGUAUGUAUUGUUCACUUCCUUCAACGCUAUCUUCAUCAUAAGUUUUGGCCUUUUAAAGUUUCAUUUCCCACAUUGUAUUUUAAUUUAAAGUUGCCAUUUGCUUUCAUUUAUGUCCAUGCACGAUCUUCUUUCCUCUUUCUCAAUGCGCGAUAAACGAGCAAUACAAAACAACUCGAUCAACUGUA